AUGGUUAACGGUAAUACAUUUGCAAAUAUUGCUACAGAUAUAAAUCGAUGCAUCACUAAUCAGUCUAAGCAAACUACUGAUCCUUCUCCCAAUCAAAAGAAAAAGGACUCCAGCGAUGAAGUCCCCAAUUAUAGUCAAUCCACCCAUACUCUAUUCAGCACCACGGACGAAGACAUCAUAGACGACGACUACAUUCUUUCAUCAAAUGUAUAUACGGAUAUUGAAGAGCAUCAAACUACUGAUUCUCAAUUUAAAAUAAUCUUCUUCCAAAUCAUCAAAGAUGCAGCCGACAAAGUUCGGGCAGCUACAUAUAUUAACAAUUCAUUUGUUCAAUUAAAUGAAUUAUUAAUCGACGAAUCAAUCACAGACAAUUACAUUAUAACAAUUUUAAUUAGUAUCAAAUUUAGAAUCUCAAAUUUAACAACAAUGAUUUCUUCAAAUACAUUUAAUGAUCACCAUUUAUUAGCAUGGGAAUUCAAUUUACAUCAUACAAUAUGGCAAUCAACAUAUUCGAUAAAUGAUAGAUUAGCAAAAAAAUUAGCCGAUCUUUUAACAGAUCACAAGUAUCAAUACAUAGGAAACGAAGGCACCCCAACGCAUAUCAUAGAUAAUACAAUUGACUUGGUUUUUGCAUCGCCAAAAAUGCAGUAUUGCAAAGAUUUGUCAAACAACGACAAUCUAAUUAAUGACGAUCAUAUCAAAGUCAAAAUGUUUACCGCAAAUGAAAUUCGAUACGCAUUCAGCAAACACGAUAAAGAGAAAGAUGGUCUCAAUCAAAAUAUGUUGUAUUCAAAGAAAUCUGUUAAAACCACUAAGUAUAAUUAUGAAAUCAAUGAUGCCAACACUGGUGCUGAAGCUGAUAUAGACUAG